AUGCUCGAGUCUCGUGUCGAGGUUGAUCCUACCCAGCUUGUUUAUCUGGCGGACGUGGCGAUAAAAGGCAAGCACAAAGGGCCUGCUUUUCCGCAUAAAGGUGCCGCCGAUUAUGAUUUUGACGAUGACGACGAGGUUCCAGACUUCCUAGUGGGUAGCUCACAGGACAAUGCGCAGGGCGCGACCACCGCCUCCGAAUCCUUUGAGCGUCAUGGAUGUCUGGCUUCCAGCGUCAACCAUGAGCCAGGUGCACCCUGGGCUCGUCGAAGAUUCGAGGCUGCCGAGGAAGCGAAACAAGCGAGGAAACGGUCCGGGGAAAACGUAAGAAAACCCAGGUUGAUGACGGAGUCACCGACGGUGACACCGAGGCGCGCUCGCCAGUUCGACCAGCGGGUAAUCGCUCACGCAGAUCAGGACGAGACGACGAGUAGCCGAACGGGGAUGAGAGCAUAUGUCCUAGACCAAGCCAGACGCCUCGUAACUCCUCAGUGA